AUGGUGAUAGACAGCCCCAUGCUGGAUGGCAGCAGUGACAGUCCACCGAGCAGGCUAUGCUCUGUGUGCGGGUGUAGCUUCAGCCCUCAGACAGGCUCUGCCCACAGUCCCGCCCACUGCCCCUCCUGUGAGCACAGCAGUAAUGGCCGACGACCAAAGAGGCGCACCCGACUGGAGCCACACUCGUGCCACGUGUGCCACAAGACCUUCAUCUCCUCAGCCCACCUCACCCUGCACCUGGCCUCUCACAACAAAGAGAGGAAGUUCUGCUGUGGCAUCUGCGGUAAACACUUCAAGCAGAAGUCUCACCUGGAGGCACACCGGCUCAUCCAUACGGGGGAGCGGCCGUUCAAGUGCCCCGAGUGUGGGAAGUGCUUCGGCCGCGCGGCACACCUCAAGACCCACCGCAGGAUCCACUCAGGAGAGAAGCCCUUCCAGUGCUUCAUCUGCGGGAAGUCUUUCACACAGAAGUCAGGCCUGAUGGCACACAUUCAGCGCCAUGCCAACAAGAGGCUGUCCGCUCCGUCUCACACCCAGAGACCCCAGCCCACGAGCGGCCCGGACGAUCUCAAAUGUGGCGUCUGCUGCCGGGUGUUUGUGAGAUCAUCCUACUACAGACUGCACAAGAGGCUGAGGAGGGGGUACCGGCCCUACCACUGCCGAGUGUGCAACAAGACCUUUGCCAAACUGGAGUCCUUUGGGAACCACUGUGACAAGCAUCUCAGACUGAAGAAGGAGAAGAAGGAGGAGAUGGAGGAGAGGGCUGUAUUGGUCUCUCCUCAGCCCCUCAGUAGUGAGCCUAUACCAGAGAUACAAAGCAGCCCCAAAGCAAAGGCCAAAAUUAAAGCGGAGUCAUGA